CGAAACAGCGAGAGCGAUGGGAGUGGGAAGUGCACACUACUACUGGACACUUUUCUGCAUGCUUGGCGCAGUUUGUCCUAAAUGUCCUGAACCGGAACCAGUUGCCAAUGCUUACCGUGUCUGGGAGCGAGGAACUGACAGCAGUUACGUGAGAUACAGUUGUCUGUAUAGCUACGUUCACACGUCCGGUGAUUUGUCAAGGAAAUGUACAGAACAACAUGGAACGUAUUCAGGCCAACCGCCAGUUUGUAGACUUGACUGCGGUGCCCCAGCCAAUGUGAGCGGGGCUGACAACGAUUUUAAAAACAGAUCAUGCCAAGACGACAACGUCACCUACACGUGCUGGGGGGACUACUCGCCGUUUGGAUAUACAGUCGAAACAAGAAGCUGCAGUGCUACUUACGGAAGAUGGUUCGGAAAUCCUCUGGUUUGUUCAGCCCCCGAAAACCUGGCAACUGAAGGUAACUGUACCACGUCACAGAGCUCGACUAGAAAAACCAGCUACACCAACAACAACUACACCGAGAACAUCUACACCGAGAACAACUACACCGACAACAGCAGCACCGACAGCAACACGUUCGACGAAAACAUCAACAUCAGCAUCUCACGGUCUUACGAAGGUAACAGUACCACGUCACAGAGCUCGACUAGAAAAACCAGCUACACCAACAACAACUACACCGAGAACAUCUACACCGAGAACAACUACACCGACAACAGCAGCACCGACAGCAACACGUUCGACGAAAACAUCAACAUCAGCAUCUCACAGUCUUACGAAGGUAACAGUACCACGUCACAGAACUCGACUAGAAAAACCAACUACACCAACAACAACUACACCGAGAACAUCUACACCGACAACAACUACACCGACAACAGAAACACAUUCAACAUCAGCAUCUCACAGUCUUACGACUCUGAUAUCGCCGUGGACGGCAGCGCGUUCUGUUCUAGCACUGAUGUCGAGACGAGGCCAUGGUGGUCGGUGUCGUUUGACGCCGUCGUCUACGACAUUCAUCGCGUCAUCCUGCACCUUGAGAUAAAGACAAACGAGCUUGUUAACAUAAGCGUACACGUGAUAGACGGAAACUGGACAUUUGAGUGUGUACCCGAUAGACUGGCGACAGACACACUGGAGGCGAUUUGUUCCAUCAAUACCCAUGGGAGCAAGAUCAACGUAACGGCACGUUAUAAAACUAAAGGUCCACUUACAAUAUGCGACGUUCAGAUAUACGGUCGAGGUCGUGGAUCUGGAUGCGACAUGCCUGACGUCAUCAUCGGCGCACGACCGCACUACACCGAGACCGGUUUCCAGUCUGUUGCUACGUAUGAGUGUGAAGAGAGCGCAGGGUACUACUACCAAGGAGGGAACUAUACAGUGACCUGCAGCGAGUCGGACAGUCAGUGGAGAAUGAAGACUUUGAAAUGUUCUAAUGGUGAAACUAUAGAAAGUGACAGUGCGAAGAUAAUUAAUGCAGCUCUCGUCUGGGAUCUAGGUGAAAUCUACGAAAUAGAGACGGUUACUCUAUCACAAAACCGUAUUGGUUGGUUUGAUAUUAUAUUAGUAUUGAUUUUAGGAGCAGCUAAGGAUUUCAUUGUGAAUAUAUCAGUCAGCAGGCAUGAUAAGGGAAAGACAUGUGUACACAAGACUUCGAAAGAUAACUACUUUGUGAAAGACGUUAGGACAAUCGCCUUCGAUUGCUAUGGCAACCCUUUCGGACGUUACAUCACACUAUCACAUCGCGCGAGUCAGAAGACAUUUGUUCCAGGUGCUAGAGUGCGGGUAUUCGUGAGACGUCAGACCAACAAAUCUCUUGAAUGUCUGGAAACUGUGACGGGAAGAUCUUACAAAGGUGGUGUGAACUUCACGGUGCAUGGAGAGAACUGUGUCAGGUGGGAUGAAGUACCGGACCUAUGCUACACAUCGGACGAUUUCCCUGAACACCGUCUCAAAGAAUCGGGAAGCAAUUGUAGAAAUCCUGCUGACAGCAGAAAGAGACCGUGGUGCUACACUUCACUGGGGAAAUCCUGGCAGUACUGUCCAAUCUUGUACUGUAAGGACAUAUGCACAUACGGAAAUUCUGGAGACCAGUACGAAGGCAGAAUCGGUAAAACCAUCUCAGGACAAACAUGCCAAACGUGGAGCGAGGAUGUACCUCAUAAACACGCGUUCAAGUUAUGGAAACAGUUUCCUAAUGGGUACAGCAACCAGGCUUACUGUCGUAACCCUCUGUCAUCCCAGACCAGACCCUGGUGCUUCACAACCAACACUUCACUGCGAUACGAGGCUUGCAACGUGCCACCUUGUCAUACAAAUUUUUCUAUUCUCUCAGCCCACGAUGAUAACCUAGACAUUUUUGAGCAGAUCGUAAAAGAAGAACAGUGUUUUUACUGGCAACACCCACUGUUAAGUCAACUCACAAAUCCUGCUGACGUGGAGGCGAUAUGUGUGUCAAACUCGCGAGUUGUAGUCCUCUGUAACACAAUGAACGGAGAUACGUUUAACUGGAAGUACAUCCUGCUGAAUUGUCAUACGGUCACGACUGAACCUACUGAAGCCACAUCGUCAACAAGAUAUUCACCGACACUCAGCAGUGAUACAUCGUCAAAGACAACAGCAUCAACAACAGCUCCAACAACAAAAACAGCUCCAACAACAAAAACAGCAGCUCCAACAACAAAAGUAGCUCCAACAACAAAAACAGCAGCUCCAACAACAACAACAACAGCUCCAACAACAAAAUCAGCCCCAACAACAAAAACAGCCCCAACAACAACAACAACAACAACAACAGCCCCAACAACAAAACGAGCUCCAGAAACUCCAAUUCCAUCAACUACAUCUCCCCCGAUAGACCCAACAACCAAAAUGGCCACUAUGUCAACCAAUAAAAAACGUUGUCUCAAUCCGUCAUCCAAUUCGUCUGAUCAGAGUAAUGGGACCGCGCGUUUUUGUCGAUGCGUGGUUAUCCACACGCCUGUCGAACUGACAGUGUUAAAAGAAAUGGCGAAACAGUCCUCCAGACAUCUGAUAAUGAACAAGACAAACUCGACGAAAUACAAGCGAUUAUUUACCAGUGCCCCCGAUGAUCGGCCAUCGUCUGCUACAAUAGGAACCGCAGCCAUUGCUGUCAUUUCCGUGUUCACAGUACUAAUAACUUUAGCAGAUAUCUGGCAAGUGCUGCACUGGAUAUAUCUUAAACUGUACAAAUUAUUUCAUUAGAUAUAGGGUACGUGCUGCCCUGUCUGGAAAGAUUGGUUGCAUCCAUUGUUCUGCUUUUGUUUUGUUUCAAUACCUUUAACAGGAAAUAUGCAACUGCUGCAGUAGGUAGCUAUAAAACUGUACGAAAUAUGACAGUAGAUAUAUGGUAUGUACUGUCCUGUCUGUGGAAAGAAAGGCUACAUCCAUUGUUCUGCUUUCUAACAGAUAUCUGGCAAAUUCUGCACUGGUUAUGUGUAAAACUGUACAGAUUAGUUCAUUAGAGACACCACUAGAACACAUUGAUUUUUAAUCAUCGGCUAUUGGAUGUCAAACAUUUGGUAAUUUUCAGAUAGUUUUAGAGAUGAAACCCGCUUCAUGUUUCUAUUAAUAUCAAGGGCUCUUAUAUAUGCACCAACCCACAGACAGGAUAGCACAUACCACGGCCUUUGAUAUACCAGUCGUUGUGCACCGGCAGGAAGGAGACAUCAGGCAAGUGCUGCACUGAAUAUAUCUAAAACUGUAUGAAUUAUCUCAUUAGAUAUAUAGUAUGUACUGAUCUAUCCGUGGAAAUAGGGGCUACACCCAUUGUUCUGCUCUUUUUGUUUUAAUAACACUAACAGAUAUAUGGUAAGUGCUACACUAGAUGUAUCUAAAACUGUACAAAUUAUUUCAUUAGAAAUAUGGUAUGUGAUGUCCUGUCUGAAAAGAGGCUUCAUCCAUUGUUCUGCUAUUUUUGUUUUAAUACUUUUAACAGAUAGCUGGCAAGUGCUGCACUGUAUAUAUGUAAAAGUACUAAUUAUCUCAUUAGAUAUAGGGUAUGUGCUGUCCUGUCGGUGGAAAGAGGGAUAGCACCCAUUAUUGUGCUUUUUUGUUUUAAUACCUUCAACAGAAAUUUGGCAAGUGUUGCAAAUUAUCUCAUUAGAUAUAGGGUAGGUGCUGUGCUGACUGGAAAGAGGGGCUGCAUCCAUUGUUCUGUUGGGUUUUUUUUGGUUUUAAUAUCUUUAACAGGAAAUUGGAAUGGACAUUUGAAAGGUGUUGUACUGGAUGUAAAUUAUGUAAAACUAUAUAAUUUGGUUCACUAGGCUUCUCUACUGGUGUAAUAUAAAAUGUGGUAUGUGCAGUCCUGUCUGUCAAAAGAAGGACUACAUCUAUUAAAUAUUCUGCUUUGUUUUAUUAUCUUGACACACAUUUGGCAGGGUCUGCAGUGGAUAUAUUUAAAAACUGUAUACAUUGGCUCAUUUGGGUAUAUAACAAGAGAUGUGGAGAGUGCUGUCCUGUCCUUGAGAAUAGGGACCGGGUCCAUUAUUAUGUUUCCUAUUGACCGUUUUAAUAACUAUAAAGUGACAUUAGACAGGUGCUCCACCGAGUGUAUGCAACAUUUGACACGUCAAAUAUAUUUAAAACUGCACACUUUUGGUUGCUAAUACAGUUUUCGCUACGUCUAGUAUAACAGUUGUAAUUUUGUUGACUUCGUUAAGCACAAAACACACGGGAGAUUGGUCUGGGCUUGGCAAGUAAGGUACCAGUCGAA